CUCUCUAAGAAUGUCUCCUCAUCCCUUGGUCUCGAUUUCGUUCCUCCUCCUGCUUGCUGCAAAUGCAAAUGCCGCCCUUCGGAGUACUAUCACAAGUGAUAGUAAUCUGGAUGGUGAUGCAGGCAUCAGAAUGUUUGGCGACGUUGGCUCUGACCCUCCCAAAUCCAUCGACUGGAGAACUUUGGGAGCCGUCACACCUGUGAAAGAUCGUAAAGGAUGCCAGAAUGGCAGCUGGGCAUUCGCGACGGCAGAAGCCAUCGAGGGAAUCAACAAGAUUGCGACUGGAGUGUUGGUGGAGCUGUCGGCGCAGCAGCUGCUGGAUUGCUCCCGGAGCUACGGCAGCGAUGGCUGCCACAGCGGGUUUCCCCAGAACGCAUUUGCAUACCUUGACGACACAAGGAAUGGCCUCUCCACCGCAUCAGAUUACCGCUUCACAGGAUUCAAUGGCACCUGCCGAAAACACAACCGCAACUCCGUAGGCAUUGACAAUUACGACAAUUUGUACGGCUCCAGCGACGACACUGACAUCGUCAAGCAGGUUGCCAAGCAGCCAGUGACAGCUCUAAUCGAUGGCAACGCGCCGGAGUUCCUUCGCUACAAAGGGGGGAUUUACAAGGGCCCGUGCAAAGACGACCAGGCAACUCCGUAUCUAGCAGUGCUCAUCGUCGGUUAUGGAUCCGAAAACGGCCAGGACUACUGGAUCAUCAAAAACUCGGCGGGGACAAGCUGGGGAGAGAAAGGCUACAUGAGGCUGCAGCGUGGAAACCAUGGCCUCCCACUGGGUCGAUGCGGAGUGAAUGGCUUCGUCUACUUUCCUGUCAAAUCGAAGGUACCACCGCCGCCUCCUCGACCACCGCCAUCACCCCCAGUUCCGUGCUCCAAGAGGAUUAGCUGCGAUCUUUCAGACUUUGAGUGCUGCCCUCCGAAGUCCAAGCCUAUUUGUUGCCCUAUAUGGAAGAGAUGUACUACCUCUGGAUGCGCUGUUUAAAUAUGUUUCGGUGUGGUCCUUAAUAGAUGUUGAUCCCAUGACUAAAUUCCCUUGGAGAAUCCACGACUUCCUAAAGCUCCAAGAAACGGAAUUUAGCGUUCUGGAA